AUGGGGGCCGAGGAAUGCAAACCGACGACAAGGGCCGGUGCAAUUGGUGUGAAGGUGCCGUCUUGGGGUGUAGACGCACCGCGAGUCGGCGCUAGAGAAGGAAAGUGGUGGUGCUUGGGGAAGGGUCAAGGAGAGGGAAAGGAAAAGAAAGCAAAGGGAGGAGGGGGAGGAAAGGAGGAGGAGGAGGGGGAAGUUGGCAGAAAACGUGCCAGUGCCAGUGCCAGUGAAGGUGAAGUCAGACAGCAACUGUAG